GACAGUUGCAUAAAUUCGAACAUCACGCUCAGAUGUUGUGUGUCUAGGUUUGUUUGGCAGUGGAGCAGCAUCAAGGCAGCCUGUGAACUUGUAAACAAAGAAGAUGGAACGUCUGGUUAUUCUAGCUCUUGCUUUGUGCCUUGUUUCACAUUGCACCGCCAAGCCAUACCAUUUGCACGAUGUCCCUCCUGAGGCAAAACUAAAUACGUCUCAAAUGAUCAAAUACUUUGGGUACCCUGCGGAAGAGCAUUAUGUUAUAACAGAGGAUGGCUACAUUCUGAGUUUGCAACGUAUCCCGAGAGGAAGAAAGGGAGUUGAACCGAAUGGUCAAGUAGUUUUCAUGCAGCAUGGUCUUGUGUCUUCAAGCGCUGAUUACGUCAUGAAUCUGCCGGAGGAAAGCCUCGGUUUCAUUCUCGCCGAUCUUGGUUAUGACGUAUGGCUUGGCAACAGCAGAGGCAACACAUAUUCAAAUAAACAUGUUAAUCUUUCCAAUGAUGAUCCGAAAUUCUGGGCUUUCAGUUGGGACGAGAUGGCGAAGUACGACUUACCUGCCUCUGUGAAUUACGUCCUUAAAGUAUCCAAACAGCAGCAGUUGUUUUAUGUUGGUCAUUCGCAAGGAACAUUGAUUGGCUUUGCUGGUUUUGGCCAGAACCUUGAGCUUGCAAAAAAGAUCAAAGGCUUCUUCGCACUUGCACCAGUGGCUAGAGUUGGACACAUCGAAGGGGCAAUCAAAUUGAUAUCUCAUUUUACACCAGAACUAGAGUAUCUUCUGAAAAUUCUCGGAGUAAGAGACUUUGCUCCUUCAAACUGGUUGAUGAAGUUGUUUGCAGAUACGCUUUGCAAUAGUCACGUGACUGAGAGUGUCUGUGCCAAUAUCAUAUUCUUACUUUGUGGCUACGAUACUACAAAUCUAAAUGAUACAAGAUUGCCUGUAUACAUCAGCCAUACACCAGCUGGAGCAUCAACUCAGGAUAUCAUCCAUUUUGCUCAGAUGGUCCAAGCAAACAAAUUCCAGGCAUAUGAUUACGGAAAAGAUGGCAACAUGAAGCAUUACCACCAGGAAACCCCACCAUUAUACAACGUUGGGGACAGCCCUGUGCCGACUGCCUUGUUCACAGGCACUCAAGACUGGCUUGCUGAUCCCACUGACGUGGCUUGGUUAAAACCCCAAAUAAAGAAUCUGAUUUACAGCAAAAAUAUUGAAGUGUGGAAUCACCUUGAUUUCAUUUGGGGGCAAGAUGCCUACAAAUUGAUAUAUCCUGACAUCAUCAAGUUAAUGAAGACCUUAGAAUAGAUCGAACUGCAGCUUCCUUAUACGUUAAAUGAUUAGCUUCCAGGCAAAAUUGUUCGUUGUUGUUUAAAUUCCAUUCCCUAUUCUAAGGCAUCGCACAACUUGGUUCAAAUUUGUGGGGCAUUGAUAAUUCAAGACAGUGCAUUAUUCAUGCCUUUCGUUACCUCAUCCUUGAAACAGAUAUACUAGGCUUUAUACCGUUUAUCACAAAAGCCCCUUUUAUUGUAAAAACCCCUUUUGCUCGCCCUUACCAGACAGUGCCCUUUUUGCUGUAUCCCUCAAGUUUCAAUAUUUCCCUACCCACCUGCAACAAUAGAUUGAUUGAAGAACACAUGCUCUCCUCUUUCAAACAGUUUCAUUUUAAAGAAUAUCUCCGUUAAUAUUCCUGCAUUAAAGUUCGAAAAAUCGAUGGUCAUGACAGCAAUUCAUACUGACUUAGUAUUCUCUUCCUUUGUAUCCAAUGAAAUUUACUUUUUAGUAAAAAAAUUGAUAUUAUCAAUUAAGAUUAUGAAAAAAACAAAGAAAAAUAAACUUCAUUGCAGGAAAACCUCAUUAGCUUAUCCCACUUUUAAUUUGAUGCAGAUAAAUGUCAUUUUGGCCUAAGAUGGUGCGAUACCGAAAGUUCAGAGAAAGUUGCUUUGAUGUACAGAAUAUAUCCUAAUAAAUGAAAAAGUGUUGUUCUGAAAGGAUCUGCAGUAUGAAAUUCUACGUAUAUUUUGUCUUUUGCUUUAAGUGUCUUAAUCAGCCCAAUUCUUGCCAAGGAACGUAUUGGUUUGUGACGUGUGGCAAAGGUUUGAAAGCGAUAAUCAAAGAUAACUAUUUGUAAACUUCCAUUUGAAAAUAGCUCCUUUUUAGAGAAGUUUACUUUUAGAUGUAAAGGAAACCCGCCAUCGAUUACCUGAAUUUCAGCAUCAUUUGGUUAAUACAAUCAAUAAAGUAUCGAAAACAUACUUUGAUGUCGACUCCUUGCGUUCUUGUAUACGUGCUUUAUGUUUGUUGAUAGUAUUUUUAUUUGGUUUAUGAAAUACUAACAAUGUUUUUGCUCUGUGUUAUUUAAGGAAUGGGGUUGGCAAGUCUCUGAAGGGGGAUCUUGCAGGACUGAGAUACCUCUGAUUCAGGACGUCACUUCAUUCGGCCCUUUCGAAAUCUUGCUCUGUUAUCAGAAAGAAACCAUUCUUCUCAAAUUAAUUGCUUGGAAAUGUUUGAAAUGAUAUUCGUUUGCUUUAGCUAGAUUAUGUUCUUAUAAUAUUUUGUAACUAUUUUAGCUUCAAUUGAGAAUUUUUUUCGAUUUGCGCUAUAACUGAA